AUGAAACUUGUGUUGUUUUGCUUGUGUCUCGUGACCACGGCCUCGUAUGUGGCAGCAGCCAUCUUGGGGUUGGACUAUGGCCAACAGUACACCAAGGCUGUCUUGCUAGCUCCAGGCAUAAACUUCGAGAUGGUGCUAACCGACGAGGGUAAAAGGAAAGACUUAUCGGGCAUCUCACUUAGAGCUGACAAGAACGACAUUGAGCGCGUUUAUGGUUCCCAGACUGGAUCAUUGUGUACUCGUUUCCCCCAAUCUUGUAUAUUGGAUAUCAAACCUUUGUUAGGUAAAUCCAUUGAUGAUCCAACGGCAAAGGCAUACUUGACUACCCAUCACGGCGUUAAGUUUGUUGCAGACGAAACCAGAAACAAUGCAAUUAAGUUUGACUUGGGAUUUGACAACCAAACGUACGUUUUUACUGUCGAGGAAGUGUUGGCAAUGGGAUUGAACGAAAUCAAGUCCAGAGCCUUGGACGACUUGGAAGCUAAUCCUGCUGCGGCUACUAUAGCUGAGGAUGUAGUUAUUGCCGUUCCACCUUAUGCCAACCAAGCUACAAGACAGGCUUACUUGGAUGCUUUGCACUUGGCUGACUUUUCCAACCCCUUGGGCUUGGUCGAUGAAGGCUCCACUGUUGCUGUCAAUUAUUUGUCGAACAGAAAGUUGGAAAAGGCUGACUACAACGAUGCCAAGGAAUAUCACAUCGUGUAUGACAUGGGUGCUGGAUCCACUAAAGCAACGUUGUUCUCGUUCUCAGCGUUUAAGAAUGGUUCUCUAGUACUUGAAUUGGAAGGUAUUGGCUAUGAUGAAGAAUUCGGAGGCAAAUUAUUGUCCAACUCCAUCUACGCUGUGAUUCUUGAAAAAUUCUUAAUCCACUUCAACUUGGAAGAAGCCGAUGUCACACCUAAAAUCGCAGCCAGAAUCGCAGAAACAGCCGAAAAGGCUAAGAUCAUCUUGUCUGCCAACAGCGAAUACCACGCUUCUUUGGAGUCUAUCUAUGACGAUAGAGACUUCAAGACUUCUAUUACUAGAGGUGAAUUUGAAGAAAUCAACUCAGACUUGAUGGGGCGGAUCACUGAGCCUAUUUUGUCAUCCUUGAAAGACUCAGGUGUUACUCUUGAUAAUGUCAAGUCGAUCAUUUUGAACGGUGGCUCUACCAGAGUGCCAUUUAUUCAGAAACAUUUGUCCACUCUAGUUGGUGAAGAUAGGAUCUCCAAAUCCGUAAACACCGACGAAAGUUGUGCCUUGGGUUCAGCUUUAAAGGGCUUGAAGUUGAAAACAUCUUUUGAAAAACCAGGUGAAAUCAAAGUCAUUGAAAAGAACUACAACAAUUACGAGUACAGCAUUAAUGAUGAAAGUAUUGUAGUAUUUGCUAAGGGAUCUGGAAUCAAUGAAAAGUCUAGAGUCAACCUUGGCAAGUUAAACGACACUGUGGCGAUCAAUUUAUAUGAAAAUGGGUUCUUGUUCAAGUCGUACAAUGUAGAAGAUUUACUUUCGAAGGCUAAGAAGUUGUCAUGCAACUCGAAAGAAACCAAAGAAAUUGUUGCAACCUUCAAAUUGGACAACAGCAAACUUUUUGACUUGAACAAGUUGGAAAUAGAAUGUGUUUCACAUGAAGAUAAGAAGGGAUUUCUCGGCAACUUCUUGAAGAAGCAAGUAGCUACUGAAGAAGAAGAGGAGGAUAUAGUGGAAUCUGUAGAUGAAUCCAACAACUCUUCUUCUACCAACAAGACUGAGAAGGUUGUGACUAAAAGAGCAAAGAAGCCCAUCACUAUUGUUGUUCCAAAGGCAACGUAUCCCCACAUCAAGCCUUUGAACAGAACUGCAAAGGAAAGACUUUCUGCCAAGUUGUCCUACUUGAAUGCCAGAGAUGAACAGAAAAUCCAGAUGGAUCAACUUAGAAACGUUUUGGAAGCAAAGUGCUAUGACUUGCGCAACUUUGUUGACGACAAAGAGACAGCCUUGCUUGAGGAAGUAAGCGACGAUGUCAUUUCUGAACAUACAAAGUUUGUCAGUGAAACUAUUGAGUGGUUAGAAUUUGAUAGCGAUGAUGCUUCAGUUAAGGACAUCGAAGAUAAGAUCAAAGACUUGUCUGACAGAAAACUGAAGUUGGAGGACAUUAUUUUGAUGAGUGAAACCGACUUGUCAAUUUCUGGAAUUAAGAAAUUGUAUGAAGAUGGAAGCAAGAUUGUCAUGACCAUCCAGUCGCACAUGCUUGAGUUUGGAAGUCAAAUCAGUGAAAUCAGACAGAAGUACGAGAACGCCAGCUUUGAUUUCGACAAGGAGAACAACAGAAUCAAAUUACAUUUAUUGUCGAAGGGCGAAGACAAGAUGAUGAGCUUUGACAGGAACUUGGCAGAGUACAAAAAGGAUGUCACAACAGUAGGAGAUUUGAUAGACUUGCCAGAAGAAGAGUUCAACAAGAUUCCCAGAAGCGAACUUUAUGAGUACCAGAAUAAAUUGGCCAAGGGUAUUAUUGAGAUGCUUGCCGAUAUCCUUUCUAUUGAAACAAGUCACAAUGAGAGAAUCAAAAUGUUCAACACUAAAUACGACCAACUCUUGAAGAGAAGGGAAAUCAAGGAACUCAGAAAGAAGUUGAAGGAAGAGCAAGCUGCUGCCAAAGAAGCCAAAGAAGUUGUAGAAGGUGAUGAAGAAGAGGAAGGUGGUAUCAUUGAAGAAGACGACGAAGAAUUCUCCAGUGUUCCAGUGGAAACGGCGACUCCAUCUUCAGAAACCGAACCAGAACCAGAGGUAGAAGAGAAGGCUGAUGGUGAUAUAGAACACGAUGAAUUAUGA